AUGGCGGACAAAUUAAGUGGAAUUUACAAGUUUUAUCUGCUCUGCCUUUUUUGUAACUGUAUCACAGUAGUUAAAUCAUGGGAUCAGAUCGAUCUUGAAUUAUUUGAUCUUGUAGAAGAACUUAAAGAUAAUUUUUAUAAAAUUCUUGGAGUGGAGCAGUCUGCAAGCUCUGCAGAAAUCAGAAGAGCCUACAGAAAGCUGUCAUUACAGCUGCACCCUGACAGAAAUAAAGAACCUGAUGCAGAAGUGAAAUUUAGACAGCUGGUUGCAGCAGCUGAAGUAUUAAGGGAUGAAGAGAAAAGAAAAAGAUAUGAUGGUAUAUUACAAGAUGGAUUACCAGACUGGCGGCAGCCUGUUUUCUAUUAUCGUCGUGUGCGCAAGAUGGGCUUURUUGAAUUUUUCAUCCUGUUAUUUGUUAUUGCAACUAUUGGACACUUCAUAGUAAUCUGGUCCAUGUAUUUGGAAAAGAAAUUUGAAAUGGAGGAACUUAUUUCUUCUAAACUGAAAAGAGAGGAAAAGAAAAAAAGAAAAGCAAAAGCAGAAAACAUUGAAGAUAACAUAACUGAAAUAGCUGAUGCAUUAGUUCAUGAAACUGGAUACAAAAGGCCAACGUUCUUUGAUUUACUUCCUUUCAAACUGUGGAGAUCCAUAUUUGCAUUUUGGAUAUCACUGCCUCGCCGAUAUCGAGCUUACCAAGAAUAUCAGAAAGAAAUGAUCAGAAGAAAACUAGAAGAGGAACAACAAAGGAUAGAAGAGGAAAAGGAAAAUGCUGUGGAACAACCUCGUCCUCGACGAAGACAGCGUGUAACAUUACCUGAAGCAUUACCGGAUGAUGAUGACUCAGCAUGGGCUGCUGUACCAGUUACCAACAUGAUUGAACCCACAGGGAAUGACAGUGAAGACAGUGAUGAUAAGUACAAGUCAGAAGAAUGGUCAGAUGAAGAUUUCUCACGUCUAUCAAGAGCAAUGGUGAAAUUCCCUGGAGGCACACCCAAGAGAUGGGUGAAGAUUGCACAAGAAUUAGGAAAAAGUGUUGAAAUGGUUACAAAACAAAUGAAGAAGAUACGACAAACACAAGGAGUUUCCACUAAUCCAGUUGGCCCAGGUGCUCCUGGUAAACUAGUAACCAGUCGUAAAGCUGUAACUGUAAGCGAAGAUAUUGUAACAAAAGCUGAUCCAGGAUCCUCACUCCACAACAAUACAGAUGAAACAAAUGCGAGUCCAGUUGUAGCUUGGACACAAAACCAACAAAAAUUACUUGAAAUGGCACUUCAACAAUAUCCCAAGACCACCCCUGACAGGUGGACAUGUAUUGCAAGGUGUGUUCCUGGGAUGACAAAGGAGGAUUGCAUAUCCCGUUAUAAAACAUUAGUUGAGCUUAUGAGACAAAAGAAAUCACAAGAUGCAAAGUGAUUACAGAAAUCCAUAAUUUAUAAAAUUUACAGUUAUCAAGAAACUGGACAUCACAGAACAUUGUUUUAUAUCAGAGCCUGUAGAAUUAUUCCAAAUCUUACAAAUCAGUGUAAAUUAUUAUUGAGUAAAAAAGUGUAUUUUUAAAAAUUA